AUAAAACUCGAUCCACAUGAGCCUCCCAGUCACAGUUUACCGGUUGCCUUCUGACCGACCGAUUGAUCGCUUAGCUGAGAAAAAUAAAAUUUCAAUAAAUUCUCAUUUGACUAAGUAGCAGUGGAUUACCAGGAUAAAUAGUUAAGAGGAUUAUAGCUGAGAGACGACAACAGGAGGAGGGACAGACGUGUCGUUAAGUGUGAAUUUAAUUAAAAAUCAAAGAAAAAAACUAUUAUAAAAAAUUGUGAAAAUGUUUAAGUUUGUGUGUUUAUUUGCCUUGGUGGCGACCAGUGCCGCCUCCAGCGCCAAGCAAGUCUCCGAGACAGAUAGCCUCCUGACUAGCGCCCUUAAAAUGGUCAAGGAGUGUGGUGAUCGUUCAAUGGUUUUAUGUAUGAAGGAACGUGCGUUGCACUACUUCGACAAUGAAAAUGGUGAUGUCAAAUUGACCGAAGGCAUAUCGCUGAUAAAAACCGAUGACAUCCCAGUUGGACGUUCGCUAAGUGAUGCCGCCUUGCCCGAAGAACCAGAAGCGCGCGAAAAUGAGGUCGACGCUUUGUUGGUGGAGCGUGUGGCGAGAUUCUUCGGCACACAUACACUGCAAUUUAAAGUGCCCAAAGACUCAAUUCAGGAUAUGCAACGUGCGCUAGAAGAAUCUCGUGGCAAGAAAAAGGAAAAGAAAAAGUACCUCCUGCCAUUGUUGUUGCUCUUCAAACUGAAAAUGGCUGCACUCCUGCCACUUGCCAUCGGCUUCUUGGCAUUGAUCUCCUUCAAAGCGCUCGUUAUUGGCAAGAUUGCAUUACUACUGAGUGGUAUUAUUGGACUGAAAAAAUUGCUUGAAUCGAAGAAGGAGAACUACGAAGUCGUUGCACAUCCGCAUUACUCGCACGAGGAGCACGGCUAUGGACGUUCGCUGCAUGAAGCGCAAAAAUUGGCCUACUCAGCGUAUCAAGAAUAGGAAAGCAAGAUUGGGAAAGCUUAAAAACGUAGAAGUUGAAUGUGGCUAAAAGGGAGUGCAAUAUGUAUAUCCUGAAAAAAAAGAAAAACAAAAUACUUAACUUAAUUUUCUAAUUUAUUUAUUUAUUUUACUAUUUACAAUAAUUAAUUUAAAAUUUAGAACAUUUCUACGUUAACGAAAAAACAUGGCAGAGCGGGAGAGUAUAUAUUUGAGAGAAGAAAAAUUACAUACAUAUGUAUAAGUACGUAAAUGCAUAUAUGCGGCACAAAAUUGUCACAAUACAGUUUUGAAAAAAAAAAAAAUUGUUUAUUUAGUUACUCAAUAUUUUGCGUCACUUUCUAGCGCUGUUUUGAACCAGAGCUCAGCAGAGUUGCCAAACAAAUUUAAAUGCAUGCCAUUUCUUUUUUAUUCAGCUCGCUCGCCUGCCUGCCUAACAACUCUCCUACUAAGUACUUAGACAUAAGUAUAGGCAGACUAUAAG